UAUUUAAAUUCUUUAAUGAAGAAAGUCUAACAACAGUAUAAAGAAUCUCAAAAUUUUCUAGGGGGAGCUCAGAAGCUUCUAGGGGGAGCUCCGCUGCCCCAAGCUCCCCCGGUGGCUCCGCCACUAUAAUGUGGUCUAUAAGUUAAACUGCUCUUCGUGUACAGCCACCUACAUCGGAAAGACGCUCAGACAAGUUUCACGAUGGCUGAAAGAGCACGGUGCUCCGCCACCAAAAUCAGAAGAGCCUCCAGUAGUACCGAAACGAUCAGCUCGCAUCGCCGCAAAGAAACAGAUUGUAAAACUUGACGUCGAUUCAGAUAGUGGUGAGGAUAGGAAUGGAGUACCCCCAGUAUCAACUAAGGGUCAUGGACAAACAGAGACUAGAUCUGCUAUCCAUCGACAUAUAAAUGACACUAAACAUGCUAUCGAUUGGGAACAAAUUAAUAGAAAACCUUCAUCAUUAUUUCAAGCAUUACUUGAAUAUUAUCGUCAACGCUUAUUUUUAUUACUUAAACAAAGUAAUAUCAUAUGCAGACAAAAUUUGUAUGAAUCAGCAUUAAACAAUGUAGCCGAGCAUGGUUGGUUAACAGGUGUAGAAGUAAUUAAACGAAAAACAACACCAUAUGCUUAUGAAAAAUUAUUAAAAAAUAUUCAUUCUUAUCAGCUACCACAACAAACACAAGAAAGAAAAGAACAUAUCAAAGAUCAUGAUACACCAUUAAUCAACAUGCAAUUGGAAUUAAUUUCAACCGAAAAAUCUACGAUAUACACUGAUAAUUCCGAAAAAAAAUGUAAAUAA